CAUCUCUUCCAAUUCUCAUCCAAACGCGCAAGAGAGAGAGAGAGAGAGAGAGAGAGAGAGAGAGAGAGAGAAUGGACGCUAUUGAUUCUGUGUUCGAUCCGCUCCGAGAAUUCGCCAAGGACAGCGUCAGGCUCGUGAAGCGCUGCCACAAACCCGAUCGCAAAGAAUUCUCGAAAGUUGCCGUGCGUACCGCGAUUGGUUUCGUUGUCAUGGGAUUUGUCGGUUUCUUCGUGAAGCUCAUCUUCAUUCCAAUUAACAACAUCAUCGUCGGAUCUGGUUAGGAUGAGGGUAACUACAAUCGUCUCUGGAAUUCAAGUAGAAAGAGGCCGAGAGUUCCUACUUCGAUAGAUCAUUCAUGCUUAAUCUUAGUCUUGUAUUCCAUUUUUGGUUUUUCCUUAUAUAUUAACUUCGGAAGCAUUACAGUUUUAUUUGAAAUGUAAAAUUUUAUUGUUCCAUGUGUUAGACCUUGAUACAUUGUUUUUAUUUAGAAAAGGAGGAAAGAAGUAGUUGAGAAUUAGUUUUGUUUU